AUAACGGUUAUGGGCUGCUAAAGAAAACUCAGUUUAAGGACAAGACAAAUGAAAAUGAUGCUUCUGAAGAGAUGCAUGGUAGUCCUACAUGUAAUACGUGUAAUGAAAGAACAGAAAAUGCAAAGAGCUUUUCCGAAAGAAAUGUUGAAUUGGACUCCAAAAUUGAAAUGCUUGAAGAAGAGUUAAGAGAAGCUGCUGUUCUUGAGGCUGGUCUUUAUUCUGUUGUUGCAGAGCAUGGAGGUUCUACAAAUAAGGUUCAUGCUCCAGCUAGACGACUUUCUAGAUUCUAUCUUCAUGCUUGUAGUGCAAAUACCCAAGAUAAGAGGGCAAGUGCCGCUAGGGCUGCUAUUUCUGGAUUGGUUUUGGUGUCUAAAGCAUGUGGACACGAUGUUCCAAGGUUAACCGUCUGGUUAUCAAAUUCAAUUGUAUUGAAAGCAACUGUUAGCCACACUAUUGGGGAAAUGCAGCUAUGUUCGGAAAGUUCAGAUGACUGGGUGGACCCUCAGACAUUUUUACUUGUGUUGCAAAAUUUUGAAGCUUGGAUCUUCUCCAGAAUAAUUGAAUCUGUCUGGUGGCAGACUUUGACUCCAUAUAUGCAGUCUGCUGCUGCAAAGAGUUCAAGAUCAAAGAAAACCUCAAGCAGAAAACAUGGAUUAGGUGAUCAAGAGCAGGAAAAUUUUUCAUUUGAGCUUUGGAAGAAGGCUUUUAAAGAUGCCUGUGAGAGGCUUUGUCCCGUUCGAGCAUGUGGGCACGAAUGCGGGUGCUUAGCUGUGUUGGCUAAAUUGGUAAUGGAGCAAUUGGUGGGCAGAUUAGAUGUUGCAAUGUUCAAUGCUAUUCUUCGUGAAUCAGAUGAUGAAAUGCCAACAGAUCCCAUUUCUGAUCCAAUAAGCGAUUCCAAGGUUCUUCCUAUUCCUGCAGGCAGAUCAAGUUUCGGGGCAGGCAUACUACUAAAAAAUUCUAUCGGAAACUGGUCGAGAUGGUUAUCGGAUCUAUUUGGUAUAGACGAUAGUGAGAGUCACAAACAUAGCACUGAAAACGAAGUAGGCGAGUGCAAAAAUGUUGUAUGUGAGGGUUCCUUCAAGGCUUUUUCCCUCCUAAAUGCAUUGAGUGAUCUCAUGAUGCUCCCAUCUGACAUGCUUGUGGAUAGGUCCACAAGGAAAGAGGUAUGUCCCAAGUUCAGUGCCCCCCUGAUCAUCAGGGUUCUUAACAAUUUUGUAGCCGACGAAUUCAACCCAAAUCCAGUUUCACAGGCAGUUUUUGAAGCAUUGGAAGAGGACCUUUCCGAGGCCGGGGAAGAGUCCAUCACAAACUUCCCAUGUAUGGCUACUCCUAUAACCUAUUUUCCACCUUCUGCAACUUCCCUAACAGACAUUAUAGGAAGUCAAACCAUGGAACGGAGUCAAUCAUCUGCGCUUAGAAAAUCAUACACUAGUGAUGAUGAGCUUGAUGAAUUAGAUUCUCCCAUUACAGCGAUCAUGAUCGAGAACCCUCACGGUUCUCCCACUUCAAAAGAACCCAAUUGGAUGAAAAUGGGAAAGGGAGGCCGGAAAGUUGUUAGAUAUCAGCUCAUCCGAGAGAUAUGGAAAGAUGGUGAGUAGCAAUGUUUUUUCCCCUCCCCCUGUACUUUUCACCAAACAUAUUUCUGUAUACAAGCAUGUGAUCAUAGGCUGGUGUAUUAAGUUGCCAAGGUUCGUCGGAGUAGAGUAAAAAUUGGUAUUUUCCGUUACAUCAUCGUACACAUGUUACAAACUACAAAUCUGUAUCGCCUAUUGCACGGUUGCUAAUAAAAGGAAGAUGAUUGCCAAGA